AAGAAAAAAGUAAAAGGAAAAGGCAGAGCACCGCCUGCAGCCGACGAGCGGGCGAAGGCCGUGCAGCCCGUCGCAGUUCGCAAGCCGCCGCCGCCCGCAGUCCCACGGCGCCGCCGCACGUGGCAGUUCCCAAGCCGCCGCCCGCUGUCCCCAGCCGCCACCGUCGCCGCAGCCCUCGCCGCCCCCAGCCGCCACCGUCGCCGCAGCCCUCGCCGUCCCCUAGCCGCCGUGGCCCGCAGUCCCCAGCCGCCGCCGCCCCCUCCAUCUCGCACGCCUGCUCCUCUCAUAGCUUCCCCCCACCCCUUUCUCACUAUCGCAUACGGGAUGAACAACAAGAGCAGCAGCAGCUAGCUCGAUCUUUUGUGGUUUGAUUUUGACUCAUUUAGAUGCUGAUCUUGAAGCUGCAAUAGUAGAAGAAAUAAUAGAUCAAGGUACAAUGAACAAACUGUUGGUGUUCUACGGUGAUGGCGUUGUACGCGAUGGGCCUUGCGGGCUUGAUGUGUCGCAGUGUGAGCACAAGAUUGUUACGAUAGAAGGCAUGAUGAACACUCCUUUCUUGGAUGUUACAAAGUGCAUCAAGGCUGUGUUUGGUUUGGAGAUGGCUUUGAAGAAGCUGAUCGUUGAAGCGUUCAUCGUCCCGCCGGUAGAAGAAGGGUCAAUGCAUCGUUGGGGGCUACGCCAAGUGAAAGGUGACGGUGAUUGGCGUUCGUACAUGAAGAUUGCGAGCAAGCCUGGGGCCGCAAUGUACGGACGCCCGAUGGUUUAUGUGCAGUUUGCCGAUGCCAGUGAGGCUGGAUGCAGUACGGUUGUUGGGGAGAUGCAGUUAGCUAGCACCGGUGGUGUGGCGAGAUGUCCUAUUCAGGAAGAUGAAGAAGGGCCUCUUCUCCCAACUCCACAUGCCGGCCCAUAUAGGUUUGCAGUCCUUGAUCGCAAUGGUCAUGUGGAUGGACUGCCGGACGAGCUAGAUUCUGGUGACGAGGUUGUUGAAUCCCCGUUAGAUGAGAGCGACGAAGGCGAAGGAGAUGGCCCGCAGAGGGCAGAGGUGCCACGGAUGGUGUAUGAGGCUGUUCGGGGUCAGGUGGCGACGACCACCACCGGCAACGGGAGCAGCACGGCGCUGAGCCUGAAGCUGCUGGUGGACAGCAAGGCGCAGCGGGUGCUAUUCGCAGAGGCCGGCAAGGACGUGGUUGACUUCCUCUUCUCCCUCCUCGCCGUGCCUGUCGGCACGGCCGUGAAGCUGAUCGGAAAGGAGGCCAUGGUCGGCUGCGUCGGCAACCUCUACGGCAGUGCCGAGAAGCUCAACGGCACCUACGUCCAGCCCGGUGCCGCCAAGGACGCGCUCCUCCGGCUCUGCCCCGCCAUGCUGUCCCCUGCUGCCAGCUCCCUCCUCGGCUUGCCAGCGGUGUCAUCGUCGGCCUUGGCGGAUAAGGUGAUGUACACAGUGACGGACGACCUUAAGGUCACGGCCAUGUCAGCCAUCUCCAGCAUCACCCUGCUGGGCUCCUUUGGCAUCAGGGAUCUGAGCACGCUCCAGGAGAAGACCGUGCAGAUAGGCUACAAGGAGGGCCUGGCGAUUCUGAAGGCAUCGCUGCAGUCCAGGACUGUCCUCACCGACGUUUUCCUCGGUGGCAAGAAGCUCCCCGGUGCCUGAGCCCUGAAGGGGGUUGCUGCGAAACGGAAGGCUCCGCGAUUUAUUCAGAGGCUGGCUCCGGCUGCUGGGUUCCUCGCUGGGAAGCUCCGGAGAGCGGCUGGGCUAAACUCAACACCGAUGCGGGCUUCGAGGUGAAUUCUGGUGUGGCUUGUGCUGGAGGUGUGCUGCGCAACUGCCGUGGAGAGGUUCUGCUCUCCUCUUGGACAAAACUCCAGGCUUGCGCUUCACCGGAAGAAGCUGAAAUUUUGGCGUGUGGAUUGGGCUUGCGGCUUGCAAUGCAAUGGAGUAAUAUGCCUCUUAUAAGGAGAUUGUGCUGAUCUUAUAGCUGGUCUUCGGACGUUUGAUCGUGGUAGAGGCCGCUUCGGUCAUCUUCUACUCGUUUGGCGAAUCUCGACCUCUUUCGAGUUUCCUUAGUGAAGAGGGAGUGCAAUAGAAUUGCUCAUGAACUUGCUAAAUUAGCUAAGAGGGGUGUAGAGCCAGAGAUUUUAAGACUUGAGUCACCUCCUUCUGUAACCGAGCUUCUUUCUGCGGAUGGUAUUACGAUUCCUACUUAUCAAUGAAGCACUCCUGAUUCCUCGCAAAAAAAAA